AUGCGUGCGACGCUCUUUCUGUGGGCCAUGCGCGCGCCCUGGGGCCCACACCCACACCCACACCCCCGCCCGGCGCCUACGCCUCGCCCGCCCAAGCUCAGCCCGGCCCAUCGCGUGACGACGACCAUCGACCCUCGACCGCCACACACGGCAGCUACCUUUACUCCACGACUUGGAACUGAUCAUGUCACCACUCUCUCAUCCCACAGGGGAAAAGUCCACGGAUCUUUGGCACGUGCCGGAAAGGUUAGGUCGCAAACCCCCAAGGUCGCACCCCAGGAGAAGAAGAAGAAGGUAGGGCCAGAUCCACGAUCGUUCGCAGCGCUGUAGAUAUAGAUGUUGACUACUCUUUCCUCGAUCCGCCUUGCUCAGGUCUGCGGCCGUGCCAAGAAGCGCAUCAGUGCGUUCCCCGAUCCCCAAUUCCCGUCUCUACGCAGACGUACUGACAUCGCCUUCACUCCCCUCCUCAGUCUACAACCGCCGAUUCGUAAACGUCACGCUCGCACCCGGAGGAAAGCGCCGAAUGAAUCCCAACCCGGAGGGCAAGUCCGGAUCGACCUAA